UGUAGUCCCGCCAGCCCGCGAAAAUGUCGGAGGUGCGGCUGCCUCCGGUGCGGCCGCUGGGCGACUUCUUGCUGGGCUCGUCCCGCCUGGCUGCCCCGGACGUGCGCGACCUGCAGCGCUGGCACAACCGGGUGGUCAACAACCUGCUCUACUACCAGAGCAACUACCUGCUGGGGCUGGGCGCGGGGCUGCUGCUGGGCGGAUAUUUUCGCCUCCUCCUGACCCUGCUGAGUGGUGUGCUGGUCACGCUGAUCUUCUUGGGCUUUGUCUGGGCAGCGGAGAACAAACCCCCCGUGCGGCGCUUCCGGCGGAAUUAUCCCGGCUCCUGCCUCCUUGCCAUCCUGGGCUCUGCGUACUUCCUGGUGUCUCUCUUUGAUGGCUCUGCUGUCUUCCUGGUUUUCAUCGCUCUGCCCAUAGCCUUGAUCCUCCUCCACGCUUCCCUGCGUCUCCGCAAUCUCAAGAACAGGAUCGAGAACAAAAUUGAAAGCAUCGGCUUGAAGCGGACGCCCAUGGGUCUGCUCCUAGAAGCUCUCGGGCAAGAGCAGGAAGCCGGAUCCUAAAUGUGGCCGCCCCGUUUUCUUCCUUCUCUGCAAAUGUCACUUUCCUGCCAUUGACCGUCAGUAUUCCCUCCCCCCCCCCGCCCCUUGUUAUCUGUUCACUUAACCCAAUCUAGCAGCUUGGCUAUGAGCUUGUGAAAAAGUGCCGCAGCUCGAGGUGCAGAGGAUGAGGCUUCAUAGAUCAAAAGGGGAGGGCGGCAUUUCUGUCUGAAAGUGAGCAUCGACUUCUGAGGCUGUCCCCUAGCUGAGCAUAGGAAGUUUCCUGCUUACGCUACAAACAGCAAAUGGAAAUGCAAGGCUGCAUCUUUAAACAAUUGAUUGGAAAAGGUUAGCUGUAGUAUUUUGUGGAUCAGUCAUCGAGAUUUGAUCCUAGAGCACAUUUAAAAUACAGCCUCGUUCUAUCUGUUCAAAUGGAGGCUGGACUCGAGAAUAAUUAUGUCAAGCAUUUAGGUAGCCUUUUCAAAUGUUCCAAAGCCUUUCACUUGCAUUAUUGUAUUGCAGUGCCCACAGCAGCCCUGAGUGGGACGGCGGCAGCGGUGGGAUUAUCCCUGCAUGGGUGGAGUUGGGGGGAGGAUUUAUUGACCUUAAAAACGAGGAUUGCAAUUACAGUUAAUCAAUAAUGGAUCAGAACUCAAAAUAUAACGCGGUAAACACAAAUUCAGAUUAAUUUUUUCCACGCAUGGACUUCCCACCAAACUGUCUAGAGCCAUCAUGCCUUUCAGUUUGCCUCACUUACCCUAAGAUUAAUAACUAAAAAGGAGAUUACUUUCCCAAGUACAAGUAUUUCUUAUGUAGUCCAAUCGUAAUAAUAUUAAUUUUUCUAUACCUUAUCUGUCAUUUCUCUGUUCUCUUCGACUCCUCGAAGCUUAUCAACAUUAAUUUAUUUAUAUAUGUAUAUAUAUAUUUUCAAGAUAAUUUGCUGACUUUGUCCAUUUACCCUUAAACUCAGAUAACAUCCCACCAUUAAUUUUGCCAUUUGGGCAAAUUCAGCUAUUUCCACAGGCCAUAUUCCCUGAUAGCUGGUAAUUCACAUGAUUUCCAUCUUUGUGCUCAAACAAUUCCAGCAGCUGACGAUAAGUCCCAGAAGCCUCCACCAACAGCAGGGUUGUUUUUGUUUUUUUAAAAGUGGGGGGUGUCUUUUAAAAGAUGACCAAUCUAAGUGUUCACAUGAUCUAUGAAGGCCACUAUGUAAUCACCCCAAAGAUUUCACCCCUUGUAUGCUUAAGCGUGGUGGCGAUACUCCAAAGUCAGGAAGCCGCAUGCAGCCUACGCAACCCCAGCUGCAGGUAAUUCCCAGUUUGUGUACCAUUUUCGGGGGGGAGGGGGGAAGAGUAGAAGAGCCCCACCCGUUCAUUUCCAGAGGCAAAGUCCAGAUUGCCCUUCGUCCCAGUGCAUGCCUGUACAAGCCAGUCUUCUGCAAAGCUUGCAGGAAUGGGGCCGACAGCCGUGGCCGGCAGACCUCUGGGCAGCGUCAGUGACAACAGCUAAGGCGAGAGGGUUGGGAAAUAAAUGAAGACGUUUCCUCAAGAGUUCAGAACCAUUGCCAAAAAAAGAAGGGGCCAACAUGUCACGCCUGUCCUUAUCUUUGUAUACCGGACUGGGUAUAUAGUUGGUAAAGGAAGGGUGUGGAAUCUGUAAUAAAACACUGUGUACUGUU